UUAUGCUAUUUUGUGUUGUGAUAAGAUUUUUUCAUUUCAUUAUCUUGAUAAAAAUGAGCAGCGCUGGUAAAAGUGGUAUUAGUACCGUGUGGAAAUGCUUUGAGAAAACGGGUAAAAACUCUGCAAAAUGCAAAUUAUGUUUUAAAGCUAUAAAUACGAGUGGCAAUACUACUAAUAUGAUGAAGCAUUUGAGACUUAAGCAUAGUUCUGUUGCUGUUGAUGUUGGAAUGCAAAUAAAGCGGUUAGCCACCAGCACUAGCAACGAUGACGAUGCCAAUGAUGAUGAUUCCUCCUGGUAUGUUUAGGUUUUUUUUAUAUGUAUUUAUCAUCUGUUUCGAAAAGUAAUCUAUGCGAUAUUAUUAAUUCAUUAACCUA